CGAACACAUUAAAUUCAUUCGGUGUAGCACACAAGUUAUUGAAACAUGUGGAAAUUUUACUGUCAGUAGUAGUCUCAGAAAAUAUUUGUAACGCGCCGUGAAAAUGCCCGAAAAACCAACAGCAAAGUCAGCUCCCAGGCCCCUGACCAGCAUAAAGGCGACCAGGCCUUCCACAUCCUCAUCCAAUUCCACCUCCAACAGGAACAGACCCACAGGAACUGGAGUGGCUCGACCUCCCCUGCCGAAUGCACACGAUAGGAUUUGGAAGAUCAUGAAGAUGUAACAUUAUCCGCAAAUAAUGGGUCCCCAAAUUGAAUCCAAGUUUCAAAUCCUGAUAUUCUUUUUUUUAUAAAAUGUACGGAUUCUUUGACUUCUAUAGCGCUGAAUAAAGCGAAUAAAUCCCAAUAAGGAAAUUA